AUGGCGACCGCCGAAAAGACCAAAGAGCAGCAAAAGCAGUUCCAAGUCCCCGACUACGAUUCAGAGGAAGACUACGACAGCGCCGACGACGACAUUGAAUACUCCGAAGACGAAGAGGAAGUCCAGACAGUCCCAAACAAAAACCAACAGCUCCAACGCCGCCGGCGGCAACAGCAGCAACAGUCUCAGGGCGACCUCGACGAGUACUCCGAUGAAGAUGACUAUGACUCCGAAUAUGACGAUGAUGAUGACUACUCCGACGACGAGGUUAUUCAGGGCAAGUCCAUGCAGCCUUGGUCACAGGGUACCACCUCUGGGGCUCCCUCGGGGGGUAUGAAUGUCAUCCCGCAGGAGCAGAAGAAGAGUCUUGAUGAUGAGGAGGGUAUGAAGUUGAAGCUGGAAUUGAAUCUGGAGAUUGAGAUCGAACUCAAGGCUCGUAUUCAUGGUGAUUUGACCCUGGCUCUAAUGAGUUGA